AAGACCACGCAGUAACCACGCCCGCGACAUAGUCUCUGUAUAAAAACACCAAGCACAGAUCAUCAGUAUUCACUUGACGGAGUUUCCUUGAACAAGAAGCAAUGGCAGCUAAGUUUGUAAUUCUUACCGCUCUGGUAGCACUGGCCCAUAGCUCAGUGGUACCUGUAGCGAAAGUAGACAACGACUACACCAGCUUCGCGUACGACGUGGCCGACCCAAACACUGGUGACUUCAAGAGUCAAGUCGAAACACGUGUGGGAGGCACCGUGACCGGUCAAUACUCUCUUCUGGAUUCCGACGGCACAAAGCGUACAGUAGACUACAGUGCUGAUGAUGUCAAUGGUUUCAACGCUGUCGUACGUAAAGACCCAGCAGUGAUUGCCGCUGCGCCAGUUGCCGUCGCCUCUGCUGCUCCAGUCGCCGUAGCCCCCGCUGUUGCUGCACCCGCGGUUUAUACUGCAGCUGCACCCUCAGUAUAUGCUGCAUCAGCACCAACAGUUUACGCAUCAGGUGCUCACGCCAUAUAUGCUCCAAGUGUUUAUGCCGCAUCUGCCCCAGCCGUCGUAGCUAAGACUUACGCCGCACCUACCGUAUACACCGCGUCAGCACCAACUGUUGUAGCAAAGACAGUAGCUGGUCCUACUUUCUACGCUGCAUCCUCCCCUGCUGUGUACGCUAGAACAGUUUCUUCACCAGCAUUUUACUCAACAUCUGGCCCAGCUGUUUACGCUAAGACAGUUGCCGGUCCUACCUUCUACGCUGCAUCUUCCCCAGCGGUAGUAACCAAGACUGUUGCCGCUCCGACAGUUUACGCCGCUGGUCCUUCAGUGUACUCUCCGUCAGUAUACGGUGAAUCAGUCUUCGCCAACACCUACGCUUCUCCUCUGUACGCUGGACACUCUUUCGUUGCCCCCAAUGUGUACGCCCGUUACGCAUCACCUUACUACUCCGGUUUCUGGAAGAAGUAAACAUAAACUGUACCAAAUCUUAAACAAAUUGUAAAUAACUUGCGAGAUUAUUUUAAUAUGUACAUAUUAAUACCAAUAAAUAUUUCAAUAUA